CACCACCACUACCGCCACCACUACAACCGUCUAACGUUCUUUUUAACGCCAGCAUACACACACGCACACAAUUUUACAAUAGUCAUCCGUUUGUUUGUUUAUUUUCGUUUUUCUCACUAUCAAUCGUUAUUAUUUUUAAUAUUUACAUCUUACAAAUACAACGUUAUUACUGUACAUCAAAUGCAGUCGUCAUUUGUUACCUUUCCAAUGACAGCUGCCACAUAUUUCCUUUACGAGUGGACGUUUAUUGAUGAUCAAACAUUACCAAGAUAAUUUACCCUUACGUGAUGCAGUUGUUUCCAAGUCGGUCGCAGCUGCACGAGAUGCUGCAUUGCGCUGAAGAAUGUUUUGAAAUAAGUUCUGUCACUUGUAUAAUGUUUGGAGAAUUUUGCAUAUUUGCUACAGAACUUGAGCGCUUAUGCGAACGAGGAGUACCUGUUCCUAUGAGCGCCAAUCUUUCAGUGCAUUGUGAUGGAAAGGAUAUUAAUUUUAAAACCAAUUCAAAGAGAAUGGCAAGUGAGGUAUUUUUGGGUGGAUCUUGUAACCCCACAACUUGGAGGUCAGACGUGGCGAUACCAACACUCCAAAGACUUGGAAUCACAUAUUAUAAUCCCCAAGUUUCACAGUGGGGACCAGAACUGAUAGCUCAGGAAUAUGAAGCUAAACAGGCAGCAAGGGUCUUACUAUUUGUUAUAGACAACCAAACACGCAACACUGCAGGUAUUAUAGAAGCAGCUCAAUUGGCAGCUACGCGCAGCAAUUCCUUAAUACUUGUUAUUUAUCCUUAUCGACCUGAUCAAAGCAUACUUGGAGAAAAUGUUUCGAUGCAAGAAUACUAUGACUUGAUGAAUGGGCUACUAGUACUUCAAAAUCUCGUGGAACGGCAAAGAAUACCAAUAUUUGGGAAUAUAUCGAUUGCUCUCAAUUGUACAUCUAAGAUACUCCGUGAUGCUAUUAAUGUACAGGACUUAAAUGUUGAAGAUGGAAUUAGGCCACUUCGGUUGGGAACUGACCUCAUAAAAUUGAAUGAGAUAUUUAGGUCUAUGGAUGUUAAUAACACGGGAACAGUAAGCUUGGGCGAAGCAUGGAUUGCAUUACAGUCUAAUACAAAAAGUAAUGUAUCAGUUGCAGAUUCGCUCAAUGCUAUACACAAUUCAGAUGUAUAUGAGACAUUGAUAGCGAAUUUUUCGACAAGAGAUGAUCCGGCUGAAUAUCAAAUUAAUUUUGAACAAUUCUGUGCCGUUGCAACUGAAUGGGCUUGGAAAUUAAAAAAUAACAGCGUUGCCAGUGAAAGUGAGAUACCUUCAGUUUGGAGUAUAUUUUAUAAGAAGGCUUCAAAGUUCCUCCACAGAGCUAUCAUUCGCCCUUUUAACAACUUUAUAGGCUGGCCUAGCACUUUAAUACCAGAGUCAGAAAAUCGAGACAUAUUUGUUGGUGUAACUGGGAAAGAUAUAUUCUGGUUAAACUCAACGGCUGCACCUCUGAUAAAAUCGAUGGAUUUAUCUGUGUACAAAGCAGAUUUAAAUGAAUAUGAUGUGAGGAUAUUAUCUCAACAAUUACAACAUAUGAAAGCAUCACGUUUAAUUUUACUAAUUGUUCCGCCCCAUUCGAGGGGCAUAUCUAUAAUGGCUUUGGCAGCUCAUUUCAUAGGACUCCGCUCAAAACUUGUUUUAUGCAUUCAGAGUCUUCCUGAUGAUUGUACAAUUUCUGGAGAAAAGCUAACUCAGCAAGCUAUUAAGGACUAUAAUCGAGGAAGAAUGUAUUUAUCAGACUAUGCGACUCGCGAAGGUGUACCUGUAUUUCAAAAUAUUGCCGAUGCUUUACAGCAUGCAAUAGAAGAAGUUCAACGUCGUUAAUUUUUAUAUAAUAGCUCCUCAAUUCUAAACUAAUUUAUUUUAUUUUUGUUUUACCAUUUUACAAUUUUUUUUUCUUUUGUUUUAUGUCUUUGUUUAAAAUUAUUUUUACCGUAACUUAACUUGACAAUUUUUUGUAAUUUUUUGGUAACUGGUUGAGGAUUGAUUAUAUGUGUAUAUAUCAUUAAUUAUUCUAACGACUGUAGUUAAUUCCCACUGACAGCAGUUAUAACGGAAAAACGUAAAACAUUGUUUUUUUUAUGAAAGUAACAGUUUUAACUAUACACAUACACAUGCGAUAUGUAUAUAUAACACAUAUAUAUAUGUAUGUGUGUGUGUGUGUGCGUGUGUGUGUAUAUAAUGGCAACAGUAGAUAACAAAAUCUCGAUUAAAUGCUCAGACUUUUGUUAUUUAAACAUUAGUGGCUCAACAUUUACCUUUGAAUAAUUUUCUAAUUAAUCACGUAUAUCCCUUGGUUAUUUUUUUUUUUUUUUUUUUUUCAAAUAAAUCUUAGCAAAGUAUUAUUAUUUUGUAUUCAAUCUUUGCCUCUCAUGCCUUUUUAUCUAUAACAAAAAACUGUAGCAAAAUAUGACAAUCUUUAAAUACUAACUGAUAUGUUUUUUGUACUUUGAGUACUUUAUUCAAUUUAUAUACACGUGUAUCGGAAUUGUAAGAUUUAUCGUUACCACUGUUGGAGCAUUCUCUAUUAAAAACUAUUAAACACAUUGUAUUUUAUACGUCCAAUUAUCAAUGAGGUCCCAGUGUAGUUAAGCUUUGUUUACUUAAUUGAUACCAUUUUUUCUUUUUAUUUCAAACUCAUUUCCGAAUUAUAAUUCUGAGCAAUUCGCUAUAAUUCAUUAUAAAAUUGUGUUUGUAUUUUAUGGUAUUUGAAAGCAAAAUAUACAUACACAAAUUCCA